CCCCACCACACCUUCAAGGUCACGCCCAACGUGCUGGCCACGCCCCCGCGUCUCCGCUCCGCCCCCUCGUCGGCCACGCUCUGCAUCCCAACCCCUUGGCUCUGGGAGCGUCUGCAGCAACCGAGGGGGAGUUCGCGGGGUGCGAAGCCCCAGGCCCGGCGGCUCGGCGACAAAACAUGGCCGCUCUGACGACGGUCGUGGUGGCGGCGGCGGCCACUGCGGUAGCCGGGGCUGUGGCGGGGGCGGGCGCGGCCACCGGGAGCAGCGUGGGAGCACCGCCCGCGCCGCAACAGAGCGAUGGCUGUCUUAUCUCAGGUGGAAUUCGUCCUCAGCUUCAGAACUGGAGGCAGAAAGCUAGUCGGAUAAAGAAAGCAGAAUUCAUACGCACGGCAGAAAAAUUUAAAAAUCAAGUUAUUACCAUAGAAAAGGAUAAACACAGUCAUUUCUACAACCAAAAAAGUGACUUCAGAACUGAGCAUAGUAUGCUGGAAGAAUUGGAAAAUAAACUGAUUAACAGCAGGAAAACAGAAAGAGCAAAAAUCCAGCAACAAUUGGCCAAAAUACAUAACAAUGUAAAGAAACUUCAGCAUCAGUUAAAAGAUGUGAAGCCUACACCUGGUUUUGUUGAAAAGCUCAGAGAAACGAUGGAAGAAAUUGAAAAUGCAAUCAAUACUUUUAAAGAAGAGCAGAGACUGAUAUAUGAAGAGCUUAUUAAAGAAGAGAAAACAACUAAUAAUGAGUUGAAUGCCAUCUCAAGAAAAAUCGACACUUGGGCUUUGGGUAACUCAGAAACAGAGAAAGCUUUCAGAGCAGUCUCAAGCAAAGUUCUUGUAGGCACAGUCACCCCGAGUUCUCUUCCUGAGGAAGUGGUAGAAUUUGAAAAAUUCCUUCAGCAAACAGGAGGGCGGCAAGGGGGCUGGGAUGAUUACGAUCACCAGAACUUCGUAAAAGUGCGAAACAAACACAAAGGGAAGCCAGCAUUUGUUGGAGAACUUCUAGAACACCUUCCAGGAAGGACACAGGAUGAAGUUCAACAACAUGAGAAAUGGUAUCAGAAAUUUCUGGCUCUAGAAGAAAGAAAAAAAGAGUCUAUCCAGAAUUGGAAAACAAAGAAACUCCAAAAAAAAGAGGAAAUUUUCAAGUCAAAAGAAAAGGCAGACAGUAUACCUACCAUUUCUCAUAAUAAGCCAGAAGAUAAGCAGAAGCAAAAAGAGGAACAAAGAAGAAAGCAGAAAUUGGCAGUUGAAGCUUGGAAAAAACAGAAAAGUAUAGAAAUAUCAAUGAAAUAUGCUUCCCAGUUAAAAGACGACGAAGAAAAAGAGAAAAAGCAGCAAAAGGAACGCCAGCGCCAGUUUAAACUAAAAUUACUACUAGAAAGUUACACCCAGCAGAAGAAAGAACAGGAAGAAUAUUUGAGGCUUGAAAAGGAGAUGAGAGAAAAAGCAGAAAAGGCAGAAAAAAGGAAAACUGCUGCUGACGAAAUUUCCAGGUUUCAAGAAAGAGAUUUGCAUAAACUUGAAUUGAAAAUACUAGAUAGACAGGCAAAGGAAGAUGAAAAGGCAGAAAAACAAAGAAAACUUGUAAAAUUAAAAGAAAAGGUUGAAAAUAAUGUUAGUCGAGAUCCCUCUAGGCUUUACAAGCCUACAAAAGGUUGGGAAGAACGAACCAAAAAGAUAGGACCAACAGGCUCUGGGCCACUUCUACAUAUCCCACAUCGGGCUAUUCCAACCUGGAGACAAGGAAUAUAAGGAACAAUAUGAGAUAAUGGAAUUGUUACUCAGUUGAUGAGAAUGCUAGCAUGUUUGUUAAAGAAGGAAAGAGUGUUAACUUUGUUCUUUAAAUAUCACUAGCCUAGUCAGAUUGGUUAUUGUGUUAUAGGUGAAUUAAGAGGUAUUAAGUUUUGUGUACCAUUGUCAAUAUUUGUUUCUACUAAGUAUUUAAGGUGUACA